AAACAUAAAUCAAAUUAAUAUGUUGUUAAGUUCUAUGUAUUUAUGUGUGUCAUUGGUUCUGUUUUCAGCAAAGCUUGUCAGACCCUGUAUGUGCUUAUCUUCAAUUCGAUAAAAGCGGUGGCCCUAAUGUCUGGUCUACCGAAGGCUGCUCGCUGACGUCCUUUGACAGGAACACUGGCAUUGUUAACUGCACGUGUAGCCACCUGACCAACUUCGCCGUACUGAUGAGUCCGGCAGUUAUGAGGACGGCGGAAGCGCACGUACACAGCCGUGCUUUAGGAAUGUUCUCUAUCAUAGGAUGUUCUGUUUCAAUGGUCGGACUUGCCCUCACCGUCAUCGUUCAUCUUGUGUUCUGGAGAUCGCUCUCAUCAGAACGGACUGUUUUGUUGAUGAAUGUAUGCGCAACAUUCUUCAUCGGCUAUAUUGUGUUUUUAACCGGAAUCGAGAAAACAACAAAUUCGACUGUAUGCACAGCCAUCGCUGUUAUCCUGCACUACAUUUUCCUCGUCGUGUUCUUUCUGAUGUUGGCCGAGGGACUCAUGAUCACAUACCUGGUGUUAAGCCCGUACCGCAAACGGCGCGUUGUGAAGCCGUUCAUAAUUGCUGCAUACGCAAUUCCGAUUUUGAUAGUUGGAAUUUCGAUUGGCGUCACACAGCUGAAAGGAUACGGAAACGAGACAUUUUGCUGGUUGACGGUCGAUAAUGGUUUAUUUUGGGCAUUUGCUGGACCAAUCAUUGUAGUCGUCGUUGGAAAUAUUGUCAAUCUUGGGAUUAUCCUGAAGUUUGGGAUCUGUGGCAUUUCUGCCAUGGCAAAGAAAUCGGAUCUGGAAAAAAUCAAAACGGGCGCACGGAGUGUCGGUGUACUGACUCCCAUGUUUGGCAUCACGUGGCUUAUUGGCGUAUUUGCAGUCAAUGACUCCACAUUGGUCUUUCAGUGGCUUUUUGUCAUACUGAACUCACUGCAGGGUCUAAUGAUAUUUAUUGUCAAAUGCCCACUGGAUAAAAAGGUUCAAGAUGCCUUCAAACAGAAGCGACGACGAUUGUUCUUUGCUAAAAGUAGCACCUCUGAUGGAAAAACGAACAAGAGAAAGAACAACAUAAAAAUAUUAAAUAUACCAGAGAACAGGGAUGAAAAUGAUGAAUCAAUGGCCAAAACGGUAAUCGGGAUCCUGAAAACUCAUAUCGAGGUUGACUUGCAGCCAAUCGAUACAGUAGCCAUGCAUCGUAUCCCAACAAAGAAGGGACAGGCCCGUCCAGUGCUCAUCAAACUGAGAAAUAACUCAGUAAAAUCUGCCAUAAUGAGGAAACGGGCACCAAUGAAGAAUGGCGGAUACAAACUUGUCGAUGAUGUCACCAAGCCCAAUCAAGGGCUCAUCAACAGGCUCCACCUUCACCCAGACAUCGAAAGUGCCUGGUAUUUCAAUGGGGGCGGUGUACGGGCUAACUUUCGCAGGUGA